AAAUUGCAGGUAAAAGAAGAAGAUGAAGAAGAAAGCAAAUGAUGAUGAUGAGAAACAGGGUGGGAGGAAUUGAGUGAUGAUAGGAAAAGCGUUUCCAUCAAAUCGCAGUUUUACUUGUGAACAUUAAUCACUAAAGCUGAGAGUAGUUUCAAUUAGCUGGUCAAGUAAACAAAGUGAUUUUGAAGCAACACAAUUUAAAAACAACAGAUAACUCUAUUUACCUUAAAUGAUUUCAGUGCGAAUUUUAAACGCUUUAAUUAGUUGUUAAAGAGGGCCUUUCUCACCCUCUCUAAUUGCUUUAUAUACAUGGUAUCUUGAUAUCUCCAAGAACUCAAGUUUACCAGCAAAGAAUCUCAUAUUAAUCUGAUCUUAAGAGGUAAUACAAAACUGGUAAACUAAACUUGAUUACUUGGUUUGUGUAAUUCACAGUGAACCUUGUCGAGGACGUUACACAGUACUUGAUAUUGUUUCAUUGGUGCCAGUCUUAACAGUUGUCUUUUACUAUUACCAACAUUUAACUUCGUGAUCAUCAUCAUCGUCAUCGUCUUCUUCAUCAUCAGCUAUAAUCUAGAUAAAAACAAAUUAGAGGAUAAUAACAAGUAUUAAUUGUUGCCCUAGCAUGAUGGAGACAGACAAAGAUUGGAAAGAUAAUAACAAUGCUGAAAAUCGUUUAUUAUCAUCAACUAUAAUUGACAUAAAAAAUGCCACCGAUUGUGAUUUAACUGCUACUCCACAAUCAACAGUGACUACUGAAUAUGGUAAACAAUUGACUUAUCGUUUUAAAUCUACAAAUGCAUUUGGCAAUGCCGAGUAUACAAAUACAUUUACAAAUUCAUCGACCAUUAACAACAAUAACAAUCAUGUUUCAACAAAAGGUAAAUCCAAGAUAUUUCCAGGUCGAAUAAGAAAGCGCGUUGUCCUUAAAAAUGGAAGUGUCAAUUUGUCCAAAGAAAGAGUCGAGAAAAGGUCUCAACGCUAUUUACAAGAUACAUUCACAACUAUGGUUGAUAUUCAAUGGAGAUGGAAUCUUCUGGUCUUUAGUAUGGGCUUCUUGUUGAGUUGGUUGGGUUUCGCUGUUGUUUGGUAUUUGAUUGCUUAUGCUCAUGGUGAUAUUGAUGGUUCACCUUCUAGUUCCAGUUCGUCUCCUUCUUCAACAGAUAAACCUAAAUGUGUAAAUGGUGUUGAUUCAUUUUCCACUGCAUUUUUAUUUUCAAUUGAAACUCAACACACAAUUGGAUAUGGAAGUCGUUAUACCAAUGAAGAGUGUCCAGAAGCCAUCUUUGUUAUGUGUGUCCAAUCAAUAACCGGAGUCAUGAUUCAAUGUUUUGUGGUUGGCUUUGUGUUUGCCAAAUUAUCUCGUCCAAAGAAACGAUCACAGACUUUAAUGUUUAGUCGAAAUGCUUGUAUAUGCCUUCGAGAUGGUAAAUUGUGUCUCAUGUUUAGGGUUGGUGAUGUUAGGAAUCGAUCUCACAUCAUUGGUGCCUCCAUUAGUGCUUUGGUCAUUGAUAGAAAGAUCACUUCAGAAGGCGAAGUCAUUCCUUAUUAUCAUAACAGAGUCGAUGUUAAAUUUGACAAUUCAGAUUCAAAUGUAUUCCUUGUUUGGCCUGCGACAAUUGUCCAUGAAGUCGACAGUUCCUCGCCAUUUUAUUCAAUGUCAGCUGAUGCUAUGAUAAGGGAAAGAUUUGAGAUUGUUGUUAUUCUUGAAGGGACAAUUGAAUCGACUGGGCAGUCAAUUCAAGCUCGAACUUCUUACUUACCUUGUGAAAUCUUGUGGGGUCAUCGAUUUGAACAAAUGAUUGGUUAUCGCAAAGACACUGGACAGUAUAGAGUUGAUUAUUCAAAGUUUAACAAUACUUAUGAAAUUGAUACGCCAACAUCAUCAGCUAAAGAUUAUUAUGAAUAUCAAAAGUUUGUGAAUUCAACUUAUAGUCGAGGCUUAUUGCCGGUUGAAAUGUUAACCGACACAAAGACUAAAGAUGAAGAUGUUAAUACGUAUUCACCUGAUUCUGGGCUUUCUAAUAACAGUUAUGAUUUACUUGCAUAUCCAUUCCCAACAAGAUCCGAAUAAGCUUCAUUCAGCAAAUAUCA